AUGAAAGUGAGCUAUAUUCUAACCACAUCUACUAUCUACCUCUCACUUCUUGCCGGAGAUACAACCAUUCUGUUACACCAUAAUAGAGUGUUCAAGCGACACUCAAAGGGGUUGCUUGUCAAGGAUUCAAAUGGAAGCCCAUUUGUCAGAUUCAAGAAUCUAAAAGAUAUAUAUAAAGCUGAAGAUGCUAUGCUCCAGAAUGGUUAUGAUGGCACAAAGUUUAAUAGUAUCAGUACAGGGAAUGAACACACAAACCUGCCCUUUGCAGAUAGAACAACAAAAACAAGAAAUGGUUAUGCUUUUGAAGAGGAUCAACCAGAAUCUUCAUCAAAUGAAGAUAGUUCUGAUGAGCUGACAUUAUCACAGUUUGUUAAGAAGUCUGUAAAAAAGAAAAGAAAAGCUUCAGAAUCUGUUCUGACUUUAAAGUCAGAUUAUGAUGAUUCGGAUCUCAGUCAACCACUGUUUAAAUUUAGAGUCAAGGCUCCAAAGACUUCACCCAAGAAGAUGCCUGCAACAGAAAGUUUUCCAGGAUCUGUUAAUGUCAAAGUUGAAGAAUCUUGUGAAGUGGAGUCUUUUGAAUUCAGAAAGAGUUCUCAUUGUAAUGGGCCACCAUCAUUCAUUGCAUCUGAAUCUGGAAUCAAAGCUGAAGAAUCUUUUGUAUGCAGAGAGAGUACUCACAAUAAUAUGCCAGCAAUAUUCAUUGCUUCUGAAUCUGGGGUUGUUUUUCUCAAUCAUGAACUAAAGAGCAAUAAAUCAGGUUCAUCUACAAAUGAAGGGGAAAUUUGCGAGAUCAAUGAAGCUUCACUUGAUGAUUUGGAUGACACCAAGGACAUGGUGUUGGAUGAUGAAGAAAACAUGGAAAGUUUAACUGUAAGUUCCAUGGAAGAAGAUUCUCCUGUUGAAGAUCUGACUACAAGCACAUCUGAUUACUCUCAAAGUCAACCAACACCUGAGGAAGUCAACUAUAUCUGUGAUCUUCAAGAUUCAGUGAAUGCUGAUGUGGACUUGAACACUUUGAAUUCAGAAAACAUUUGUGUUUCUGAGGAGACUGCUAUUAUUCAGGACCAGCCCUCUGUUAUUCCUCCUAAUGCUAAUGCUGAUUCAGAAGAAAAGUUCUUCAAUCAAAACUAUCAAACUGAAAUCAUGAAAGAGGCAUCAGUGAUUAGAAACCCGAAUUGCAUAGAACCCCGAAAUCCUGAAAGGCUUCCUUCAACAAGAAAGGCUAUUUCUCCAACCUCUCAAGAAAAGCUAUGUAUGGCAAUGAAAUCCCCUGAGUUAUUAGAUGACAUGGACCAUUACAAAUGCAAGGAGAAACUGUCCUUUGAAGAACAAUCUGAUAACAAGUUUUCAUCAACUACUUCAAAUAUCAACUACAGUGAACCAAAUUCUCUUCCUCAACAGGCGAAAUCUGUUAUCUCUACCAAAACCAUGGUUAAAAAACCAAAAAGUUACAAAAAAGGUUCACCUGAAAAAAGCCUUCCACCUAAAGGCUGUCUGGAUGGGCCUCGGCUAUGCCGCUCGCUUCCCCGCCUUAGCACAGGGUGCACCACCGUUCAAGGGUGUUCUGAAAGUGCCAUUGCUUUCUCACAGAGACAGAUGCAUGACAUUGAAUCUUUAGCAUCAAAGCUGAUGAGUGAAUUGAACUCCAUGAAAGUCAUUGUAGAAGAAAAAUUGCUCUUUGAAGCUUAUCGUUCCCCAUCCUUGAAAAAUGAGGCAGAUGAGGUGAAAUCAGCCAUUAAAAGUGCAACAAAAACCGAAGAAUCGGCUAAAAAAUGGUUGUCCAUGAUGACAAGGGAUUGCAAUCGUUUCUGUAAAAUUAUGAAACUGAAUGAGGACAAUAAUGAUUCUGGUAGUGUUGUGAAGAGCGUGAUUGAGGAGAAGGCUCCUCCUGUUCAAAAAGAAAAAGAAAGGAAGAAAAUAAGUUUUGCAGAUGAAGCUGGUGGAAUGCUUUGUGAUAUCAAAGUCUAUGAGAUUGAGAUUGAACAAAAUUCCUUGGAAUUGAAGCAAAAUCCUGAAUGA